AGAACUACGCGCCUGGAGGAAAAGGAGGAGGAGGAGGAGGAAAAAAAAGAGACCAUAGACUUCCACCUGGGCCUAGAGCGGUUCUUAAAGUAGCGGGGAGAGGCGGGCGGGUUGGGACCACCUUCAAUACAGGCCGCCGGCGGUAUCAUGGCGACCCGGAACGCCCCUCCCCAAGAAUAUGAAAGUGAUGAUGAUUCUUACGAAGUGUUGGAUUUAACUGAGUAUGCAAGAAGACACCACUGGUGGAAUCGAGUGUUUGGCCACAGUUCCGGACCUAUGGUAGAAAAAUACUCAGUAGCCACCCAGAUUGUAAUGGGUGGAGUGAGUGGCUGGUGUGCGGGAUUUUUAUUCCAGAAAGUUGGAAAACUUGCAGCAACUGCAGUAGGUGGUGGCUUUCUUCUCCUUCAGAUUGCCAGUCACAGUGGCUAUGUGCAGGUCGACUGGAAGAGAGUUGAAAAAGAUGUAAACAAAGCAAAAAGACAGAUUAAGAAACGAGCAAAUAAGGCAGCACCUGAAAUCAACAAUAUAAUAGAAGAAGCAACAGAAUUUGUCAAACAGAACAUUGUGAUAUCCAGUGGAUUUGUGGGAGGCUUUUUGCUAGGCCUUGCAUCUUAAGGAUAUGAAUGUUCUAUCACAGUGGAGUCACCUCUGAGAAGAGAAAUGGUGGUGACAAGAUGGUCUCAGCAUUACCCAUUGACAGAUUCUCCAGGAUGACAAGAAACAACUAGCUGGACAGUACCAAACUCACUGCUUAGCAUUUUGCCAUCUGAAAUUUGGCAGACUGGUAUCUGCUAUAAAACAAUCUAUAUGGUCUGUGUAUAAUAGUAUUCCUGAGCAAAUCAUGGCUUUCAAGUUUUUUAAAAACUUGCAUUUGUUUAAAAUUUGCCUAUAAAACACCACCAUUGGAUGUAGAUAUGGAGAGAGAAAAAAAUUUGUUGGCUAUAUUCCCCAGUGAAGUAUCAUCGUCAUUUUAUUUAAAUAAGAUGUUCUCCAUUGUGCUUUUUAGUAUAGUGCCAAUAAUUUAAAAAUUUGUAUUAUAGCUUCAACAGUAGGGCUGACUUUUUUUUAAGGAUAUGUUUGCAAUAAACUGAAGAACUGUAAUGCCCUUUUAUGGAAGGAUUUACAAAUAAUAGAAUUCUUAAAGUUAUUAAACAAAUUUAAUACCAAUUUUUAGGUUGUUUUUUCCUGCAAUUCUUACUUUGCUUACUAUGUAAUAACUGUAGUAAAUGCUCUUCUAGGGAAAUACUACAUGUCUAAAGCUCUUCUUUUUUUUGAUGUCUGUAGUUGUAAAAAUAUCUUCUUGCAUAUAAGCUUCUAAUUUUUUUAUUCAUUUGUUUAUCUUGGCAGCCUGGGUAGAAUUAAUUAUUUUGAGGGUACAUAUACUUGGGUCACUGAUUCGUUUUAUUAACUUUGAGUGAAGCUUGUUUUUCAUUUUAAAAAAUCCUAAUUAUUAUUUAGACCCUUUCUUUACAAAGAGGUAAAAAUCACCUUAAAAUACUUAGUAGUAUAGUAUGAAUUUAUUGUCUGAAGAACAGUGAUUUUCUAUAUAAUCAUGAAAUUGCAGUUUAAAGAGAAUCAUCUCUUUGAUCUAGUCUUGAGAUGUAAAUGCUGAGGCUUUCAGCUUUUUAGGUAGCAUUUUAUGUUGGUCCCAACACUAGGCCAGUUGACUUGUUUCUCAGGGCAAAUAUCACACUCCCUCAGAGGGUCCUUGGCCUAGAAAAGCUUUUUGUAUUGUUUGUUUUGUCCAGAGUUCUACGUUGGAAUUGGGAAAAACAGCAGAACAACGUGUGUUGGAAUCUUCAGAUUGGAAAGACUUUGCAGAUACUCAAGACUAUCUCCUUUUGAUAGGAAGUCUCUAUAGUAUUUUUUGUGUAUUGUAAACAUAAGGCAUUUCAUGCUUUUGAGAUUGUUAUAGUCUGUGUGCUUUCAUUUUUGCAAGACUCCUUAAAAUUGAAUGUGGGAUUGAUCUUCAUUUUCUUCCUUUACUCUCAGCGCCUCAGAUAAAAUGCUAAAUAAAACUCAGACUUUCUUAAUAUGAAGUGA